CCAGACUUGUGAACACGUAUAAAUGAACUCUGUGAGAAAGAGACCUGCUCAAUAACCAGAGGCAACUUUCCACGAAGAUGAAAUUCAGGUUACAAGUGGUUGUGGCAGCUUUUUUCGUACAUUUGGCUCUCUCCCAAGAGUGCGGUAAACGACACUUUCUCUCUCGAGUUGUGGGUGGUGAGGAUGCACCAAAGCAUUCUUGGCCUUGGCAAGUGUCCCUUCGAAUCCCCGGCCGCGAAGGGAAUCCGGUGCACAUUUGUGGCGGCUCUUUGAUCGGGAACGAGUGGGUGGUGACUGCGGCACAUUGUGUUGUGGACCAAUGUGACAGACCUCGGGAUCCUGCUCAGUUGACCGUUGUUCUCGGUGCACACGAACGUCUUGGCACAACCGAUGUACAGCAGUCAAUUAAAGUAAAGGCACUCUUUCCUCACGAGGGCUUCAGUAUGCAACACUUAGCGAAUGACAUCGCGCUUUUACACCUUAGCACAACGGCCAAGAUGAGCGACAAAGUCAACCCCGUUUGCCUUCCCGACCAAGGAUCUCGAAUUCCUGCCGGCUAUCCUUGUUACAUAACAGGCUGGGGUCGAACCGAAGGUGGAGGCAAAGUCGCAGACAUCUUGCAACAAGCGAUACUUCCCGUACAGAGCCACGACAAUUGUUCCAAAGUAAACGACGACUUGGGACCGAUAGACGAAACAUCCAUGAUCUGUGGAGGAAGUGGUAAACCAGAACAGGCAGGUGGUUGCCAAGGUGAUAGCGGUGGGCCAUACGUAUGCGCGGAAUAUGGCAAAUGGGUGUUGCGCGGUGCUGUGAGUUGGGGUCAUGGUUUGUGCAAGACGGAAUACUUUUCUGUUUUCGCACGAAUAAGCUCUUUCAGGGACUGGAUUGACGCAAAGAUUGAGAGUGAUGGAAUGGGGUCCGAUCUACAGAUGGCAUUGACGCCCUGCCACCUCAAGCCAAACAGUUUAAGGGAAUUUUGUCGAAGCCAGACGAAGCUUUUCGAUAAGAUGAAAUUUCAGUUACAAGUUUUUGUAGCGGCUCUUCUCGUAAAACUAGUACUUUCCCAAGAGUGCGGAAAACGCCACUUUCUCUCUCGAGUUGUGGGUGGGGAGGAUGCACCGAGGCACUCGUGGCCCUGGCAGGUGUCCCUGCGAGUUCUCAGUCUAGGUGGAAGGCUGGUGCACAUCUGCGGCGGUUCGUUGAUCAGAGACGAAUGGGUUGUGACCGCAGCGCACUGUGUGGUGGACCAGGAUGACAUUCCCCGAGAUCCCUCUUUUUACACCGUUAUUGUGGGCGCACACGAACGUCUCGCCACUACGGAUGUACAGCAGACAAUUAAAGUGAGCGCGCUCUUUUCUCACGAGGACUUCAGUAUGCAACAUCUAAAAAAUGACAUCGCUCUUCUGCACCUAAGCCAACCGGCCAAGCUGAGCGACAAAGUCAAUCCCGUCUGCCUUCCUGUCCAAGAAUCUGAAAUUUCAGCUGGCCACCGGUGCUAUAUAACAGGAUGGGGUCUGACUGAAGGUGGAGGCAAUGUCGCAGACACCUUGCAACAGGCAAUGCUUCCCGUACAGAGCCACGAGCGAUGUUCCAAUGAGUGGGGUAGAUUAGGGGUACCAAUUGACAAGAAAUCCAUGAUCUGUGCAGGGAGUGGUAAACCAGGACAAGCAGGUGGUUCUCAAGGUGAUAGCGGUGGACCAUACGUAUGCGAGGAAAAUGGUAAAUGGGUUUUGCGUGGUGCUGUGAGCUGGGGUCAUCGCAUGUGCAGAACUGAUUUAUUUAAUGUCUUUGCGCGAAUAAGCUCUUUCAGGGACUGGAUUGAUGCAAAACUUAAGGCCCAAGUACUUCAGAAAGUUUAG